UAAUAUAUAGAACCAUCAUAAAAGGUUCUAUUUGAAUUACCUCUCAAAGUUCAAACACUUCUCUCAGAUCUUUAAUCUCACUCUCUUCCAAAUCAAUAUUCUACUCAAUCCACAUUAAUUAUAUACAAUCUAACUAAAGUAUGUCGAAUUUGGGAUUCAGUUCACUAUUACUAUUAAUGAUUACACUUUUUAGUUUCGGUGGAGCGGCCUUGGUAUCUCGGAAUUCAGAAGAAGCGUACGUGACGCUUCUGUAUGGCGACGAAUUCUUGCUGGGCGUUCGAGUCCUGGGGAAAUCGAUUCGUGACACGGGUUCCACCAAAGACAUGGUUGCUUUGGUGUCUGAUGGAGUCUCCAACUAUGCCAAAAAACUCCUUCAGGCUGAUGGUUGGAUUGUGAAUACAAUUAGUUUACUCCAAAAUCCUAAUCAAGUUCGCCCGAAGAGGUUUUGGGGUGUUUACACAAAGCUUAAAAUAUUUAACAUGACUAAUUACAAGAAAGUGGUAUAUCUUGACGCUGAUACUAUUGUGGUUAAGAGCAUUGAAGAUCUUUUCAAAUGUCGUAAAUUUUGUGCCAACUUAAAACAUUCAGAAAGGCUGAAUUCCGGGGUCAUGGUUGUUGAACCAUCUGCAGAACUUUUCAAUGACAUGAUGACCAAAGUGACCACUUUGCAUUCAUAUACUGGAGGUGACCAAGGGUUUCUCAACUCAUAUUACUCCGAUUUUGCCAAUGCACACCUUUUUGAGCCAGAUGCAUCUCCAGAUGACUUGAAGUCUAGACCUGUUCCCCAAAUGGAGAGACUUUCCACUUUAUAUAAUGCAGAUGUUGGCCUUUACAUGCUUGCUAACAAGUGGAUGGUGGAUGAGGAAGAACUCCGCGUUAUUCAUUACACGCUUGGCCCUCUAAAACCCUGGGAUUGGUGGACAUCUUGGCUUGUUAAACCUGUUGAUGUCUGGCAGGAUGUUAGAAUAAAGCUCGAAGAAACUCUUCCUGGGACCGGAGGUGGCAAAAAUCCAAAUGACAAAUAUCUAGUUAUAUCUCUUUUUCUACUUCCGGUUCUGUUCUUGGUUUUCUGUUAUUAUCGGUCUUUCCUACAGACAAGAUCACUGUUUGAUCAUAUUAGACACCUCUACUACAUGUUGAGGUCUGGAGGAGUCAGUUAUUCCUCAGUCACUUCUUCUAAUAUCAACUCUAACCCGCAGCAGCUUUCCAACAUUUCUGACAAAUUUUCACAUGACAUUCUACUGAUACAGUUCCCGAAUUUGGCGUACAGCAAAGUGCCUAUUUUCUUGGGUGCAAUGUCAGUUGUUGUGUGUUUUACGGCUGCUAUGGUGUCCCUUGUGCUUUCACUAGCAAUUGUCCCUCGGCAAGUAAUGCCAUGGACUGGUUUUCUCCUUGUGUACGAAUGGACAUUCACAAUUUUCUUCUUAUUGGUUGGAAGUUAUUUGCAUGUAGUCCACCGAUGGGGAAAACUUGUGGCCAAUCAAUCAGUGUCCCUUUCCCAGCAUCCUGAAUCUAUUGAAUAUGAUUCUGGGAAAGGUCAUUUCCGACAGAUGUCUUCUUGUGAUUUCGCUACCACAUGGUAUUAUGGAUUAGGGGCAGCAUUUCUGGCCUUGGCAACUCCUCUUUUACCUUCUGUUUUGGGGGUCACUGCUCUAUUUUUAAGGGAGACACUACAGCAAUUGGAUCCAAAUUUAUUGGAGUUUUAUCGGAGUCAGCAAAUCUUCCUUCGCCCAGAUCGCCUCCCGUCCACCCGAGGGGAGUUGGUGAGGACACCAGAUUCAGACCUCCAUUGACACAUUUUUACAGACGUCGAAAGAAAUUUGCCCAACCACUCAGCUUAUGGUUGGGAGAUUGAUGACAGCCUAGAGUGAUAUAUCCACUCGACAGGGUCGACUUUUCUCCUACCCCGGGAGAGUCGAUGAGGAAAUCGGACGCUACUUAUUUUAUUUACGCUUUAUUUAUGCUUUAUUUAUCUUUUGGACUAUUACUUAAGAUUUGGACUUGUAUGGGCUCGAGCUCAAACUUGUUAGAGUUGCUUAACUAUUUAAACCUAUUUUGUAUUAUAAUUUUCAGUUGAUGAUGAAUGAAUAUUUUUGGUGGCUUAUGGUGUUUUCUCUCUUCUUGUUGUCUUUCUUCUCUUCUGUUGAAUCCCCUUCCCUUUCCCCUCUCUAAUUAUCCCUCCCCAUAGAUCUGUUUUAUUUCUCAAUUAAUUGUUUCAUUGGUGCUGCAUUACUAUGCUUCCACUUCGAAAGCUUUAAUGUUACAUUUGCUUGAGAUUAGCCACAAGAGGCUCAGUGGUGAUAUAUAUUUUGUGUUUGUGUGUACUUGAUUGUAUUGUCCUUGACAUUCCAGGUAAUUGGCUAUCCUGUGAUGUCUCUCCUAUUAAUUUAUUUUUCACUUAACCUUAUGGGUGUAAUCUGUUUGAACAGUGAGCUCUGGAGAACAGUAAAACACAUUGGUGUGCACAACUAAAAACUGACACCUUCCAAUUACUUCUUUUUAGAAUUUAAUUUCAAUGAAACAACACCAUUUGAGGAAUAAGGGAGUUUUUUCAUUCACGUGAGGAAAUGAGCUGAUAAAUGAACCAAGUUACUAGAAGCUUAGUUUGAAAUAGUUUCUCUGUGGCUGGUAAGUGAUCUGUUUGUUAGACUAAUGAUUGAAGCUAGAAUUUUAGAAUGAGAAGGUUUAUCAUUCUUCGAUCAGCCGUUGCUUUUUAAAUAAGCUAAAAAGUAAGAAAAUAAAUGAAAAUGCACAUAGUUACUGAACUCGGCUAAAGCUCAUUUUAGAUUAGUUCAUUAGUAAGGUUUACAAAAGAUUUCUAAAAGUUGUUAUGGACUCUAUCAAAGCAUAAACGACCUAUUCCUCAAAUUGAAUUGACUUGUCUGCACUGCAAUGGGGAAUUCUAGCAGAACUACUCUGUGUACCUCAUUUUUGUCUUUAUGGGCAUAGAUUUUUUUAAUGUGCCGAAAAAAAGCCACCUUAUGUUAUAUCCUUCACAACAGAGAGAGAUGAAAUUCCAUGAAAAGGUGAUUUGUGAACAGUCAACACCCCAAUUGUAAGAAUUGUUGAGAAUUUGUAUUAAACAAAUUUGCCUUGUGUUGAGGUUCAGGGUUGAUGAUCCUCAGCAUCUUUACCCUGGUAUCCAACUCUAUCACAAAUAUCUGUUCACAAUUGAAGUUCGAGGAGAAUAAAGUGUUGGGUUUAAAAAAAAAAUGAGACCAUUCUUCCCUGGUGUGAUUUCAUUAUGUCAAGUCUGCUGUUUAAAUACAUUAGAGGUUAGCCAAAAGAGAUGAAAUGGUACUUUCCAUAUGAUUCCACUUAGUUGUGGUAUCCUUUGGAUGGAUAGAAGUUAGCAAACCUCGCAUGAUCUUGGACAUAACCCAUACAUACCUAACUGCUUCAGAAGUAUCAAACUGAUGUGAAAAUUAAAAUUUGGGGGAAUGGUCUCAUUUGUCAACAAAAUUUAUACUUCCACCACUCAUAUCUUCACACUUGUGAGAUAUCUUUAUUCUGAUAUUGGAUACACAUUGGUUCCUUAUUUUCUGCUUUGGUUGUGCCCAAGUUUGGGCAUAUGCAUCUACAUUUAACACAGCUACUCAUGCAGAAUAUACAAGAUUAUAUCAUAAAGCAGUCAAACCUAGUUUCGCCUCCAUUUAGGAGCUGUUAUGCUAUCACCAAUUGCUUGACUUUGCUCUGAUCAUUCCCAAUCCAAGCGUGAAGUGAACAAGUAGGAACACUCUCAGUCACUUACUGUGUAUAGUUUUUUGAGCUGGAUCAGUGCAAUACAAGAAAUACCCAGUUUCUGAUGUGAUUCUAUUUCCAGGAAAUUCUGUUGAAUUUUGAAAUAUUUUCAGUGGUUUAAUGUGCUCGACUUAGUCUUGCAUUCCAUUACUUCCACAUUUGAAAAUGUUUAUUUGUGCUUCUAUACUGCUUUUGCUAUAAGAUUGGGCAUUUUUUUAAUAUGUCUUACAUGUUAAGUGAACAGUGCUGUAUUUAAUUUCAGUCAA